UCGGGAGGUAGAUUGAGGGAAUUUACAACUGACCAUUUGAGGACAAUACAAAUUACAUCUGGUCACUUACUGCAUUAUCAGAGAGGGAAAUAAUACAGAAGGAAAAGACAGAGUGUGUGGUUGACUGGGAGAGAAAGAUUGAGAGUUGGAUGGAUUGGAUGCUGACUUGGAAGGAAGGAAAGAGAUACAAAUCAAUUCAAUUUGGCAUGGAAUGGGAUACGCUCCCUAUUAACUGCUAGUGGAGUUGGGAGAAGAGAGAGGCUGAAGGUAUUAGGCAGGGGCGUUGACCAAAACGACAGAAGAGUUUGUAAUAUUUUCCUAAGUGCCCAAGGAUCAACUUCUAGGAUUUCUAAGAUGUCUCAUCCACAACAGUUCCUUCUUUUCCUGUGCUAUCUUCCUUUGGCAGCACCUCUGUGCUGUUACACAUGUGUGUUUCCUGCCAUCUCUCCCAUUGACUGCCUCAAGUUCCCUCAGGAGUGUCCUGCCGGACAGCGCUGCCUAGCUAGCACUGCAGUGGGGACUCGAGGCUCCCUGCGUCUGGUCCUGUAUGAGAAGAGCUGUGCCAUUCCCUCCCAAUGUGGUCUGUCUGGGGAGAAACAUGCUGCAGGCCUGAACUUCACCUACCACAACAACUGCUGUGACACUGACCUGUGCAACGGGGCUAUGGCCCAUGCUGCCCCCAUCUGGAGGGGAGGUGCACUGUGCAUCCUGCCUGUUCUCCCUCUCAUACUGGGCUGAUAUACUGAUUUAUUGCAUUUUAUAUGAUAAUGCAUGAUCAUACAGUAACAUGCACAACCUAUAUAUGUCAUGGCGUGUUACUGUAUGAUCAUCACACACGCACACACACACACACACACACAUACACAUCACACUGUUUUAAUGACAAUGGAACUAGUGACAAAACAUAAUCCACAUGUUGAUAAACUGUUUACUUUAUUAAGAACCUUUGUUUAAAUAAGGGUUAACAUGGCUUUCUAACAUUUCUACUUUUCUAUGGUGCUAUAUUUAACAUUACCUUGUUGGAAAAUGACUGGCAGCAAUUAGUAAACAAACAAACAAUAAACAAUUGUGUUUUUA